AUGUCAGAGUUCAACAAGUUCAACGCGCAAGAGAUCUCCAUUCCAUCCAACCUUUAUUAUGAAGACUACUGGUUAAAUACCAACUUCCGGAAAUGGUCUAUCGAGUCGUUUGAUAUAUUUUGGAUACAGGAAAACCCAGCUCAACAUAAAAAGCAAGAUCAAGCUCAUUCUUCGUUAGCUAAAGAGUUGAAUAUUCUUUCUGAAGCAUCUGAUCAAAGGGUGGUAGAGAAAGUGUCAUUGUUAAAGAAACAACUAAAGAAACGACCGUCAGAAAUCUGUGAUAUUGUAUGGAGCAAGAGUAAAGAAAUUGCAGAGUCUCAAGUUCGUUUAUCACUCAGCGAACUAAUAACUAAGACAAAUGUCAAGACAGCUAUUGUUGAUGGAAUCGGAGGUUCAGGAAGCCAAAGAAACAAACCAAAUGAAGAAAGUCAAGAGUAUAGAGACCAAUCUUAUGAUAAUAAUAAACAAGAAGAGGAUGCUAUAUCUAGUGAUUCAGAUGAUAAUUCUCAAAACGUAACAGAAUCAAUGGUCAGAAAGGUCGAAAGAACACCCCUGGUUAUAGACAAUGUCAAUUUGGAGAAUAUUUUCGAAAAUUAUCAUAAUGAGUCGAUAUUAUGGACCUUAGACCAGCCUCAAAAUUCGCAGGAAAAAAUCUCUGAUGAAAUAUGGAUGAAAUUUGUUUCAAAUUCAUUUCCUAAAUGCACGUUACCUAAAGACUGGGAGGAACUGAUAAAUGAUACCUUCAAGCUGAAAAAUUCCCUAGUGGAAUGGAUAAAUGCCUUUCAUGAACUUCAUAUGAUUACUUUUGAAAAAAAAAUCAAUGGAAACCUUAUAAGAGAUGUGAUAUACAAUAUUCUAUGCCCAUAUAUCAAAGCUUUCGAAGCACCAUUCAAUAUAUUAAAAUCAGGCAACCUUGAAGAAAAUCAGUAUAAUGCACAGUUUAUAAAUCCAAUAUUACACAACACACUUGAUGCUACCUGUAGUGUCGAUUGGCGAAU